AUGGCGACUGUAUUACCUCCGCCAAGCAAGCGACAAAAGCGCGAGUUAGCAGAGAAAACUCGGGAGCAGCAAGAAAUCGAUGUCAUACCCCGCGACCUGGGCAGCAUUGUCGUGCAAUUCAUAGAUGAGUCCACUGGGAAACCGACGAAAGGCGAGAUUAAGGUCCCCGUUGCGAAUACGACUGUCAAAGAGCUUGAGACGAUCCUGAACAGUAUUUUAGAGAAUGAUAACCACGACCGUGUCCCGUAUAGAUUCUCCUAUAAACCAGAAGAAGAGGAUGGUCAGGCAAUCGAUGUUGUAUCUGAUUUAUGGCACGCCCUACUCAAACCCGGUGUCAAGACAACCGAAGACGUCAUUCGGCUCAACUACACACCUCAAGCAGUCUUCCGAGUAAAGGCAGUUUCGCGGUGCUCCGCUGCGAUAGCUGGACACGGCUCGGCGAUUCUAGCCAUUGCAUUUUCGCCCGUCUCGUCGUCGACGAUGGUUACCGGGAGUGGUGAUAACACAGCCAGGAUUUUUGAUUGCGAUACGGGGACGCCAGUUGAAACGUUAAAAGGGCAUACGGAUUGGGUGUUGGCGGUUUCGUUUUCUCCGAAUGGUCAGAUGAUUGCUACGGGCAGUAAAGAUAAGACAGUGCGAUUGUGGGCGGCGGCGAAGGGUAAACCUUUGGGGACGCUCAAGGGGCAUAGUCGUUGGAUUAAUAGUUUGGCGUGGGAGCCUUAUCACUUACAGGAGGAGGGGAGACCACGACUGGCUUCUGCGUCGAAGGACUCAACCGUUCGUGUUUGGGACGUUAUUAAUAAACGAAUCGAGAUGGUUCUCAGCCAUAAAGAUUCGGUGACGUGCGUGCGCUGGGGUGGGAUUGGAAAGAUCUAUACGGCUUCUUUGGACAAAACAGUUCGGGUUUGGUCUGCCAAAGAAGGAACACUCAUCACAUCACUCGGAGCACACACCCAUCGGGUUAACCAUCUAGCACUUUCAACCGACUUCGUCCUUCGAACUGCGUUCCAUGACCAUACGCACAAGGUGCCGGAUACAGAAGCUGAAAGGGUCGAAGUUGCCAAAUCCCGGUUCGAGAAAGCCGCUACAAUCAAUGGAAAGAUCACCGAGAGACUUGUAUCGGCGAGUGACGACUUUACUAUGUAUCUUUGGGAUCCGGAAAAUUCGACGAAACCAGUUGCACGAAUGCUAGGCCAUCAAAAGGCUGUCAAUCAUGUCACCUUUUCUCCUGACGGAGCUUAUAUUGCGAGUGCUGCCUUUGAUAACCAUGUCAAAUUGUGGAAUGCUCGGGAUGGAAAAUUCAUCAAUACACUCCGUGGUCAUGUCGCUGCCGUCUAUCAAUGUUGCUUCUCCGCAGAUUCUCGAUUGUUAGUGAGCGCGUCUCAAGACAGCACAUUAAAAACCUUCGACGUUCGUACUGGAAAAAUGGUCAUGGAUCUGCCUGGCCAUGAAGACCAAGUAUUCGCUGUCGACUGGUCACCCGAUGGCGAAAGAGUAGGCAGUGGAGGCGCAGACAAAAAAGUCAGAAUAUGGAGGCAUUAGAAUAUACUAUAAUGAUACCCCUAGUUGAAUGAAACAUCAAAAAGCGAUCCCUUUGCCA